UGCAGCUCCGUGGGACUCAUGGGAUGAAGGAAAGGGAGGGAGACAGGAAGGAUGGGGAGAGCUCCUUGCUGUGAGAAGGUGGGUCUCAGGAGGGGGGCAUGGAGUGCAGAAGAGGACAGGAUUCUGGUCGAGUACAUCCAGAGACAUGGCCACGGGAACUGGCGAGCCAUGCCCAAGAAAGCAGGGCUGUUGAGAUGUGGGAAGAGUUGCAGACUGCGGUGGACGAACUACCUCAGGCCGGACAUCAGGCGAGGCAACUUCACCGCGGAGGAAGAGGACACGAUCAUAAGCCUGCACGAGAAGCUUGGCAACAAAUGGUCUGCGAUCGCAGCCAGUUUGCCGGGUCGAACGGACAACGAGAUCAAGAACCUGUGGCACACCCACUUGAAGAAGCGCAUGGAUCCGAAGGAGGCGACGCAAGCGCCGAAGAAGAGGAGGAGGAAGAAGAAGCGUGAUGCCAAGAACGAAUCGGAACCCGAGCGAGUAAACCCGCAAGCGGACGCAGACUCGGGUAAUCUGAGAUGUGAUGUGAUCGAGGUAUCGGUGGAAGAAUCAUACAGUGGCUUCUCCUCCGCGGCCACCGCUGAUUCCUCGGCCGUGUCGGGAGACGUUACCAGCAGCAACAUGGAGGCCAGGGAGGAGGAGAGCUACGAUUCCAAAGAAGUGGCGGUGAUCGAUGAGAGCUUUUGGUUGGACGAAGCGUUCUCGAUGGAGAGUUCCACGGAAUCCAUGACGCUUGCGUCGCUGCAAGUCCCUUCGUCUGCAGCCGGAGCUGCGGUGGGUGAGAGUCUGAGCUCCUUCAGCUCCACCACCAGCGACGACAUGGACUUCUGGUUGAAGGUGUUCAUGGAAGCUGAACACUUGGAUGAUCUGCCACGAAUCAAUCCUGCGGAUGUGCAAGUGAUCUGACGUCGAUUCUGCUUGCAGAAGUGUUUGCUUUCAACUGCGGCAAAUUGGUUGAUCCAAUAACAUCUGCAAAGAUUAAGAAUCAAAUCAGAAACAAAGAACUGAUAAUGACAAGCUUAUUGAUGUGAAAACCAUGUUUUAUAUGUAUGAUAUCAACCGAGCACAAAAAAAACUGUGGAAGCCA